AUGUUUUGGAGAUUCGGCGGCUACGCCAACAUUUCCACCAUCGACACCAUCCUCGAGAAGCCCGAAUUCACCGUAGAAGAUCUUCUCGACGAGAGCGACCUGAUCCAGGAGCUCAAGCAGCACAACACAAAGCUCAUCGAGUACCUUCGCGAGGAUAACGUCCUCAAGACCCUGCUCGAAUACGUCGUCGCCCCCAAACUAGAGCCCGUCGCCACCCCCGAAACCGACGAACCCGCCGAGGAGACCAAGGGCAAGGGCCGCCUCCUCCCCUUCUCAAGACCCCGUGCUUCCUCGCGGGCUACCGAUACCGAAAAUGAAGAGGAGGAACAGGAGAAGAAGCGCAACCGCUAUGCCUACGUUGCCGCCGAGGUCCUGUCGUCCGACACCUGGUCCAUCUACGAGGCCAUGAUGGAGAACCAGCCCCUGGUCCGCGACUUUUGGCAUUUCCUGAAGCGACCUACUCCUUUGGACCCUCUGCAAGCCAGUUACUUUACGAAAGUCAACGAGGCCCUGUUCGACAAGAAGACGGAGGAAAUGGUCACCCUCCUCAAGUCCCUGCCCGACGCCGUCCCCGACCUUCUCCGCCACGUCGAGUGUCCCAUGAUCAUGGACUUACUCCUCAAAAUCAUUGCUCUUGACCGCACCGAGGGCGGCCAGGGCGUUGUCGAGUGGCUAUACUCCCAAGAUGUCGUGCCGACCUUGCUCUCGUGCCUCGGCCCCGAACACAGUUGGGUCGUCCAGACGGCCGCCGGCGACUUCAUCAAGGCCAUCAUCACCAUAUCCGCCAACGCCUCGCAGAACGAGCAGCAGUGCAUCGGCCCCAACGAGCUGACCCGCCAGCUCGUCUCGCAGCCCUGCAUCGAGCAGCUGAUCAAGUACAUGCUAGGAGGUGGGAACCCGCUAACCGUGGGUGUGGGCAUCAUUAUCGAAGUCAUCAGGAAGAACAACUCGGACUACGAUCCCGACGUCGGCACCGAGGCCAACUCGGUCCCCUCGAGCCGCGACCCAAUCUACCUAGGCACCCUCCUGCGCCUGUUCGCCCAACAUGUCCCCGACUUUGUCAACCUCAUCAUGAACACCCCGACCAAGAAGCAGCGGCUGGGCUCCACCUUUGGCGACAAGAUCGAGCCCCUCGGAUUCGACCGCUUUAAGACGUGCGAGUUGAUGGCCGAGUUGCUCCACUGCAGCAACAUGGGCCUGCUCAACGAGGUCGGCUCCGAAGAUUUGAUUGCAUCCAGGGAUGCCGAGCGCCAGCGCUUGAGAACGGAGGGUAAGCUUACCCCAAACCGCGGAGAAGAAGCGCCCUCGUCCACCGACGAUUUGACAAUGCGCAUCGGGCAUUCUUCCCCCGAGGAGGGACGCCGUUUAGAGGUAACCAAUAUCUCAGACGACGACGGAUUCGAAGAGGUUGAGCCAAGCCGCGAGAUGAAUGAGGACACGUCCCACGAGUUCGUCAAGGCCGAGGAAGAGAUCCCCGUCGCCGCCCCGCCCGCCUCGUCCUUCUUGGACAGAGACGAAGACGACUUUGUCGACGAGCCCCUCAGCUCCCCGAGGCUGAAUGUCGCCGACGACAAGAUCAAGGAGCAGCGCUUCGACGACCCCGACCUGGUUGUCGCGCCCCUCUCGCCGACCAAGCCCAAGACCCCCGCGAACGAAGAGGCUGUUGCUGCGGCAGAACCGGUUUCCACGGCUGACAAAGAGAAGGAGUCUGAAUCUGCUGACGUCAAGGGUGAAGCGACUCCGGUCGAGAGAGAGACGGCUGUGACAGAAACCGAGAAGGAUGCCAAAAUCAACUCUGACGCUGACGCUGAUAAAACCGCGGAGGAUGCUACCGUCACCAAGGUGGAGGAGCUCUCUCUAAACGACGACGACGAUGACGGCAAAGUCGAAAAGGCAGACCGAAGCACGAUUUCCGACGAUAACCAAAAGGGCGACGAGUCCGACUCAUCUGUUGUCUACACCCCCAGCGCCACCGAGUCGGAAGUCAAACCAGACUCCGCCGAGACAGCCCCUGCCGUUCCCGAGCCUCCUCAGCACCCCGAAGACGUGCCAGCGCCUCUGUUCUCCAAGUCCGUGAUAGAUUCCGCCCCAAAAGUCGAAACGGCAGAGACGGGCCAGGAGCCCGAAUCCGAAACUGCGCCGGCUCCGGAGGUCCCCGUGGCCCCUCCCGUCCCAGAUGCCCCAGAAGCGGCUCCGGCACCUGCGGGAUCGGAGGAUGCCAUGGAGAAGGCAGUUAGUGACCUGCCGCCUGCAGUUCCUCAGCGGCCCGACCCAAGCACUGUAAAACCGGUGGUGGGCGAUUACCUCAAGGUUCAGUUUGUGGAACACCGCGUUGUGCCCACGAUUCUGUCUUUCUUUUUUGCGUACCCGUGGAAUAACUUCCUCCACAAUGUGGUAUAUGACAUUGUUCAACAGGUAUUCAACGGGCCUAUGGACCGGGGCUACAACCCGACUUUGGCCGUGUCACUAUUCGAGGCCGCCGACAUCACGACGGCCAUUAUCAACGGCCAGCUCGCUAGCGACGAGUCGCAGGCCAAGAUGAAGACGCGUAUGGGCUACAUGGGUCAUCUGACUUUGAUCGCUGAAGAGGUGGUCAAGUUUACGGAACGACACCCUCCCGAGCUCCUGUCAGAGACAGUCCUUGAAAGGGUUAUGGACCCCCGAUGGAUCAGCUACGUCGAGGGGGCGCUGGCCGAGACCCGCGAGCGAGACAAUGCCAUUCUCGGCGGCGUCCGUCCUGAGGUGGCGCUGGGCAACCGCGCCGGCAUGUCUGGCAAUGGACUGGCGGCCGUCGGCCUCUCCGGCCUCGGGUCGUCCUUUUCCAACUCCCAAGGAAACACCGGCUCCAGUGCCCUCGCCGACGCCGGCCUCAACGGCAACACGGACAUCCAAGAGAGCGGCGGCAACGGCAUUGGCCCGUUUGCCAUCAGCUCAGGUACUCUCAUGUCCGGCUUUGGCAGUUCUAGCGACGAAGAGGACGAGGGUGAAGAGGAGAACGACGAAGAUGUGAACAACGAGGUGAGUCAUGUGCUCUCAGAGCUUCGUGAGACGAAUUCUCCCGCGCUGGACCCCUGGACGCAAUCAAUUGUCGACAACAACCCGGAUUCCGACGAGGACAAGGACCCGAAGAGGAAUGCGUAG